UUUUGAAAAAAAAAAAAGAGAAACUAACUACCGAAUUUUUAGCAAUUAAAUAAUUAAUUAAAAAUCAAGACUAGUUUACGAGAAUCUCCUCUAAUGGGGAAAUAUAGAUUGUCGAGACGAGGAAAGAAACUGCAGUUGUCUGACGACCAAAGAACAUUGAUAGCAUUGCCAAAGGACGUUCCUGAACGCACGUGGGCAGAGAUUCUACAGAAGGAAGACAACGAUCUGUUUAUCUUCGACAUUCGUGAGGACAUACUGGACGAGGUGUUCAGAAUCUGCUACCAGAAGUACAUGGCCAAGCAGAGUACAUUGUUUACGGUGUACUGCGCCGCUGAAGCAUGGCUCAAACUUGUGAACUGGUACUUCUUCCGCCAUGACCCAGGUGAGGACCCAAGCGCCUAUCCCCCAUGUUACAUCCCUAAUCGUGUGGAGUCGUGGGUUCCGGACGACCUGCCAGACCCGUCGCCUAAAGACACGUGGUGCCACCAAGAGCUCAGCGUGCUGGACGACUGCCAAGAAGAAGGUUUGAGGAAGUGGCCUAGCAGUUCCUCUGUUGACAUGCCUGUCGUUGAAAGUAUACCGGAAGAAUAUUGGUUCCCCGGCAAAGUAAAUCUGCCAAAAGAAUACAGCACCAAAUCGUCAGAGGAUGUAGCUAGUACGAUCUCAUACGAGGAGUCUGUAUCUGACAAUGUUUGUGCUGAAAGUGAGGUGCUGCAGAACGUCACCGACUAUAGCACCUCGGAGGACGUUUCUGCUAAGGAGUCCACAAUCAGCGGUGUGAAGAACACGACCCCCGUGCCCAGCUCGCUCCAAGGUGCGGGCGACUCGGCCGGCGGCGGCGGACGAUUCAAGACUAGACAAAGGAGCGAGAAGAGCAAGCUGUUUAGUAGCAAGCCGAGCGUGGCGAGCAGAUCGAAGGGGUUCCUGCCGCCGCUGGACGGUGACUCCAGGUCAAGGAUCAGCAUCAUCUCCGACUGCCGCCUCCGGAACCUGAGAUUGGACACGCAGUACGAGAUAACUUCGGAGAAAAUCGAUACCCCGCCCGGCGCGGCGCUCAAGCGGAAAUGAAGAUACCUACUUACUUACCAAUACCCACAGUUCACGAUAGUUAGGGAACUUUCUAAAUCAUUUUUACCUUCGAGGAAGAAUCCGAACCUGUGUCUUCUGGGUUCGCGCCCGACGCUCUGACCGCUAAGCCACGGUUCGCUUUCUGCCAGUGACGGUGAUAUUAUGUGUUUUCUCUGACUGACUGAUAAACAACCAGCCCAAAGCUUUGGAUACAGAAAGCUGUGCAAAGAGGUCCC